UUCUCUUGCUCUCUCUGUGUCAAAUAAAUAAAUAAAAUCUUAAAAAACAAAAACAAAAACAAAAGUUAAAGGUAGUUUCUGGUAGAAGUGAAAAGAUUUAUGUUUUUCCAAAUCAGUUUUUCCAGAACCAAAAACAACAUAUAAUCUACACUAUAAAAGAAAAUAAGAGACUUAAAAAAAAAAAAAAAAGAGAGAGGCAAACCAUAACAGACUCUUAACUACAGAGAACAAACUGAGAGUUGAUGGAGGGAGGUGGGCAGGUAAUGAGCUAGAUGGGUGAUAGGAAUGAAGGAGGGCACUAGUUGUAGUGAGCACUGGGUGUUCUAUGUAGUAAGUGAUGAAUCACUAAAUUCUACUCCUGAAACCAAUGUUGCACGAUAUGUUAACUAACUAGAAUUUAAAGAGAAACAGAACAAAACAAAACAAAAAAAAAGAAAAAAAGAAGGGACUAGUAAAAAUGUAACUAACAGCAUACAAGUAAGAUAACAAAAUGAUAUAGCUUCCCGUCUUAAAAGCAAAUUAUUAUGAUUGUGUUAAAAAGGAAACCUAACCAUAUACCAAUCACAGGAGUCCAGUUUUCUCUCUCCAUCCUCAGUAAAAACUUAGGACACAGGAAGAUUAAAACAAUUUUAAGGAAACACAAAAAACUGAAGUAAAUUUUAAUAUAAAAAUGUAAUUGUAAUACGUGAUUAAAACAUCAAUUUAUAUUGGUAAAAUAUAAUUUUAUAGUUGUAAGAUUUAUUUUUGUCUUUUUGGUCUAUCAGUUACUCUGAUCAUGAACUCUGAUCAUGAAUGUAGAGAUCUCAAUUUACAAUUUGUGGUUUUAUUUUUGCUUUCUGUGUUUUGAGGAUAUGUUAUUGGGUGCAUAUAGGUUUUGUUUUUAUGUAAAGACACUCAGUAAUUCUAUAGUAAUUUCUUUUUAAGUUUACUUGUUUGGUAUUUUCAUUUUCAUACUUUUACCUUCAAGCUUUAUUUGGAGUAUCUCCUAUAUAAAUAGCAUGUUGUCAAAUUGAGGUUUUAUCCAGUUGGGUACUGUGCAUUUUAACUGAGGAGUUCAGUCUAUUUGUAUUCAUUGUGAUUACUGAUCUGUUUAUCUGUAUAUUUUGCCAUAUUUUGUGCUUUGUAUUUGUUCUGCUUUUUUUGUUUAAUUUCUUCUUUUUGAUUGGUAAGUCUCUCCUUUCUCCCACACUAUUCUCUUUGUACUCUCUAGUAUUUUAGAAAUGCAAGCUCUCUAUUCUUUUAAUGACUAUCCCCCAAUUUUAAUUUCAAUUAACAUAGAAUCUGUGAAGGAAAGACUUCCUGAAAUGAAAGUGACAGAAACCAAAUUAUAGUGUGAACCAUCACUAUCCAUCCAUGAAUAAUGAAGUAAACUAUCACAGCAUGCAAACAAAAGAAAGUUGACAAAAUUGUGUAUGUGUGUGUGUGUGUGUGUGUGUGUGUGUGUGUAUCAUGUUUCUCCAUUGAGAGAAUUUUAUACUUUGUAAAGAUGGACUAUGUUUUUUUUUCCCUCUUGCCCAUAGGACAGUUUCAGAAUUGGAUCAUGUUUUAGAUAAGCACUACUGACAGUGGAAAACUCUUUGUUAUUAUAGAAAUUAAGGGAAGAGUUUAGAAACUUUUAAACAGUUAACAGAAACAUUUUAUUUCUGUUGAAAAUAAUAAAAAAUUGAGGCUUAUGCUUUGGAUGUCCCUUCUUGGUUUCAUUUUUUUAGUGAUUUAUUUUACUGUAUUUCGUUAAAGUAUCAGUCCACUAUGGAAUGGAAAUUAUUAAAGUUGGUUCCUUUCCAGGAGUGGUUUGAGCAGCACAGUGCUGGGCCACAGGACACCUCAGACACCAACUCAAAGUAGAAAUGCCAGCUGUCAAGUGUGGGCCGUGGGCUCCCAUGCCCUGCCCAGGGUGGGUAGAUUCCUCCUGUAUGAAGAUUGCCUCUGAAGACAGAGGGAGGGCUAGAACGUUCCUCAGUCCAUGGACAGUGUAACAGCUGCUGCAGUGGGAGACUCGCAGCCUGGUGCCUGGUUGCAGGAUGACCACAGUGAACUUGGGUUGUUUGGGACUUUCAGGUGUUAGUACUAAAAGUGUCUGUUUCAGGAAUUGUGGUUCCAGAGCUUUAAGCCUAAAAAUAUUUUCAAAACAAGUAGCAUCAAAUGUCGAGCCACUGCCAAAACAAACCAGCACAAGUCCCUCCUGGAUGUCUGACCUCAUGAUCCUUCAAGCCAUGUCAGUAGUUGCCCUAGUUUCUAGAGCUCCUAGCUGUGGGCUGGUGUGACGGUGCAAGGUGACAGGUGGGAAGUUGUACAGAUGGUGCCACGGGCAGGUUAGUCGAAAAACCAGAAACCCUCUGGAGCUAGCUGGAGCAGAGCAGGGUGGGACCAGGGCAGUGUUACUGCCAGCAUUGAUCCCAUGGGACCUCAGCCCAGAAACUGCAGCCAGCUGUCCCAAGAGUGAAAGGAAAACCACACAUGCUCUUAGGGGCCUUCUGGGCUGUCCAGGGCUCCUGCCUUCUCCACCUUUCUCUGCUGGCUGCCUCACAGCUCAGUGCUCCUAGCCUCUGGGACCUCUGUGCAGUUUCACCCAUGCAAGGGGAGAGAGCAAGUGGAAGCUUGGAAGGCAUGGUGCCACAUUCUACUAGUGUAAAAAUAGGACAAUGACUUCUUUGAAAGCAAAAAACAAAGUUGGCAAGUUUGCGAGCUAGUUCUUUGAAGUACAGUUGACUUCUUGAACAGUACAGUUUAGACUGUGUGGGUCCCCUUAUACAGGUUUUUUUCUGAUUAAUAUAGUGCUGUACUGUAAAUGUAUUUUCUCUUAGGAUUUUCUUAACAUUUUCUUUCCUGUAGCUUACUUUUUUAAAAGAAUAUGGUAUAUGAUAUACAUAGAGAAUUUGUGUUAACUGUUUAUGGUAUUAGUAAGGCUCUUUGGGGAUUCAGAAGUUAUACAUAGAUUUUCAAUUUCAUGGGUGGGGGGUGGCACUCCUGACUUCAACGUUGUUCAGAGUUUAACUAUAAAAUACAAGAAAUUAAAUCACUCUGUGGCAAAUAUAAUCGAGGAAGGUCUGGACAGUACGAAGUGAUAAAGGUCAUGUAACAACAGAUAAGAGGAUAAAUCAAGUAUAUUAUUUUCAAAGAAAUGCUAAUUUAAAAAAUCGUGCUAAGAUCGUUUCCACGCCGCGGUCUGCACCACCUCACCUCUGCUCUCCGUAGCCCGCCCCGCUGCUCGCCCGCUGGGAGCGCAGUGGAACCCAGUGUUGGGCACGAGCCUGGCGGGGCCGCAGGCUCCGCCCUGCUGCGCUCCGCCCCUCCUGGGCUGGGGGGGGGGGGGAGGCCGCCGCGGGGACAUGUCGUGCCCCCCUCAGCGAGGGCAGGUGUGUGUGAAAGGCAGCCGGGCUGUCAGAGAGCGAAAUGUCAUCAGUGGAAUCACACCAGGAACAAUUGUCCCAGUCAGAUCCAUCCCCGUCACCAAACUCAUGUAGUUCCUUUGAGCUACUAGACAUGGACACUGGCAGUUUGUAUGAGCCAGUUUCUCCUCAUUGGUUUUAUUGUAAAAUAAUAGAUUCUAAGGAGACAUGGAUUCCUUUCAAUUCUGAGGAUUCACAGCAGCUGGAAGAGGCAUAUGGAUCUGGAAAAGAUUGUAAUGGGAGAGUUGUCCCCACUGAUGGGGGCAGAUAUGAUGUGCAUUUGGGGGAGAGGAUGCGGUAUGCUGUAUACUGGGAUGAGCUAGCAUCAGAAGUGAGACGAUGUACCUGGUUUUACAAAGGAGACAAAGAUAAUAAGUCUGUUCCCUACUCAGAGAGCUUCAGCCAAGUAUUAGAGGAAACAUACAUGCUUGCUGUAACUCUGGAUGAGUGGAAAAAGAAACUGGAGUCUCCUAACAGAGAAAUUAUUAUAUUACACAAUCCAAAGCUUAUGGUGCAUUACCAGCCAGUUGCAGGGUCUGAUGAAUGGGGUUCAACACCCACUGAACAGGGUCGACCAAGGACAGUGAAGAGAGGGGUUGAGAACAUUUCUGUUGACAUUCAUUGUGGAGAACCUUUACAAAUAGAUCAUUUGGUUUUUGUAGUCCAUGGGAUUGGACCAGCUUGUGAUCUCCGCUUUCGAAGCAUUGUACAGUGUGUUAACGAUUUUCGCAGUGUUUCCUUGAACCUGCUGCAGACACAUUUUAAGAAAGCCCAAGAAAAUCAGCAGAUUGGAAGGGUAGAAUUUCUUCCAGUCAACUGGCAUAGUCCUUUGCAUUCUACUGGUGUGGAUGUAGAUCUGCAGCGAAUAACUCUGCCCAGCAUUAAUUGCCUAAGGCACUUCACCAAUGACACAAUUCUGGAUGUCUUCUUCUAUAAUAGCCCCACCUACUGUCAGACUAUCGUGGACACAGUUGCUUCUGAAAUGAACCGAAUAUAUACACUUUUUCUUCAGAGGAACCCUGAUUUCAAAGGGGGUGUAUCCAUUGCUGGUCAUAGUUUAGGUUCACUUAUACUGUUUGAUAUACUAACAAAUCAGAAAGAUUCUUUGGGGGAUAUGGACAGUGAAAAGGAUGCACCAAAUAUUGUCAUGGAUGAGGGAGACACACUGAUGCUAGAGGAAGAUUUGAAGAAACUUCAACUCUCUGAAUUCUUUAAUCUCUUUGAGAAGGAGAAAGUAGAUAAGGAAGCGCUGGCUUUAUGUACUGACAAAGAUCUUCAAGAAAUGGGAAUUCCCUUAGGACCAAGAAAGAAGAUAUUAAACUACUUUAGGACCAGAAAAAAUUUAAUGGGUAUUAAUAGACCAACCCUGCAGCCAGCUUCAGGGGUGACUAUAUCCAACAUCCUCAAAGAACCAGGCUUCUGCAGUAAAACCAAUGCUACUGGAAAUGGUGACUAUCUGGAUGUUGGCAUUGGGCAGGUGUCUGUAAAAUACCCCCGGCUCAUCUACAAACCAGAAAUAUUCUUUGCCUUUGGAUCUCCCAUUGGAAUGUUCCUUACUGUCCGAGGACUAAAAAGAAUUGAUCCCAACUAUAAAUUUCCAACAUGCAAAGGUUUUUUCAAUAUCUAUCACCCUUUUGAUCCUGUGGCCUAUAGGAUUGAACUGAUGGUGGUUCCAGGAGUGGAAUUUGAGCCAAUGCUAAUCCCACAUCAUAAGGGCAGGAAGCGAAUGCACUUAGAAUUGAGAGAGGGCUUGACCAGGAUGAGUAUGGACCUUAAGAACAACUUGCUAGGUUCACUGCGGAUGGCCUGGAAGUCUUUCACCAGAGCUCCAUACCCUGCCUUACAGGCUUCAGAAACUACAGAAGAAACUGAAGCAGAAUCUGAAUCAAGUUCAGAGAAGCUGAGUGAUGUUAACACAGAAGAGACCCCUGUGACAGUUAAAGAAGAAGUCCCACCCAUCAAUGUGGGAAUGCUGAAUGGAGGCCAGCGCAUUGACUAUGUGCUACAAGAGAAGCCCAUUGAAAGUUUUAAUGAAUAUUUAUUUGCUUUACAAAGCCAUCUACGCUAUUGGGAGUCUGAAGAUACGGUAUUGCUGGUCCUCAAAGAAAUCUACCAGACCCAGGGCAUCUUCCUUGAUCAGCCUUUACAGUAAAAGUGAACCAUAUAUAGCUGCUUGAUACACUGAAGGACCCUCCCCCAGAAAACGCGCCCGCUUGUCGCUGCCGUUUGCCUCUCCUCAGCCGCGCCACUUCCUGCACGCUGCCUGUCACUCACUUACCGCUGGGUCUUUGGAAGAUAAUCUUGUUAUCUCGGAAGUGAGAGGAAAAGCAAAGGGAAGACCCUAUUACUUUUUACCACUGGCUUCAUAGAAGCACUUGCCACUCUUCAUAGUGGGGUUUGUUUGCAUCUUUAAAUCUGGAUGACAGGUGCCGUCCUCUAUUGCUUAUUAUUUGACAUAGUAUAAAGUCUGUUUUGAGUUUAUUUUGGUUUGGUAGAAAUUUUUCUAGGAAAUUAUUGCUUAUCUUUAGGAAAUGCUUCAGUUUGUAAGCAGGCUCCGGAGAGUCAGAAGGCAUUUUGGGGUGCGCUCAUCUCAUCACUGUUCUCUGCAUUUGGAGGCUAAGUGGGUGUGGAGUUGGGCAGCUUGCUUCGAGCAGCUUUUGUUGCCUACAAGUACUGUGUGAGGGACUGAAGUGUAGCUCACACUCAGCGUUGUUUACUCUCCGCAGCGGACCGCUGCCUGCAAGGAAUCACUGAUGCUAUUCAUUGUUUUCCCAGCUGUUCGAGCUGCUCUCAGAGUCUUCAGUGGAUAAUUUAGUUCACAUUAGGUGCAUCUUUAUAAAGCAAAGAUGUUAUAUAUUCUAGACCUGGCCUUUUAUAUCAUGCUUCAAGUGGGGAGACUCUAGAUGAAAUCUUAGUUAUUUGAUAGUAACUUCUGUUCUUAAGUUGAGGUCAGAGUUAUAAGGGCUGACAAAACCUGAAAUCCCAUGGCCUUGACAGCGGACUAAAAUCAGUAGUACAUUUAAGGUGAAAUAGAAUUUGUGCAAGUCAACCACGAUAUUCACUUGAGUGAAGGCAGUAUUGUGUGUCCUCUUUGAAAACAUUUUGUAAACACUAUUGCCUCCUUAGGUACCCAUAAUCCAGAGAGCUUAUCUAACAGCCUUAUGGCACAGGUCGUGUUGGCUGGGCAGGUAGCUUCAGCUGGGAGAAAUAUUUCUUAUUCUGAAAGAAAAAUUUGUGCAGCCAGUGCAGAGUCCGUGUCAGAACAUGCAAAGUGAGAUGUCCGUACCUUGCAGACGGCGGGUGCAUAUAGACUGAUAUUUUCCAGGGCAUCUGCUCACCACUGUGCUGUAUGUUCUUUCUCAUUGUUCAGAGUUUGUCAUUGACUUUGCAGUUCUCUUUGUGACAGUCCUUUACCCUCUUCGCCAACUUCUGUAGGCCUCUCUGUUUAUAAAGUGGAAUAGGCAGGCAAGCUGUGUUUUGUUUUUUAUAAAAAAAGGGUUUUUUUUGUAAAUGUAUCAUGGUUAUCCAGUGCAUUGGCAUUUAACAUUUACUUAAGCCAUCCGUGUGACAGCAGUGAUCUCUAUCCCUUUCCAGAGAAAAGGAAAGGGAAGGUUGAUCAUUGUCACCUUAGAGAUGGCAGAGGUAGGGCUGGGGUACAGAAUCCAUUCCUGGCCUUUACUUGUCCAUCUGCUUAUAGACGAAUGCUGAGCCACUAAGAAGUGUCAGAUAUAUGGAAUACUUUUAUUUUCUUUACUAUAUAAGCUGAGUUUGAAGUAAGGGUGCAUUCAAUUAUAUUUUAAAGGGGAAGCUUUUGUCAAGUUGUUGUCUUCAAAUUUAAAUUUAUUCUUCAUAUUAGCAAAAUAGCUUAAGAGUAAACCAAAGGACAAGCAAGAAAGAAUGAGUCCCUAUAACCAAAGAUGAACAGCGUAACCCUGGAUAGCUAGAUAAACCACUGUUGGUACUAAGAAAAGUUUUCUGAUGGUGAGGGGCAGGCGACUGUAAAAGAGCUUCCUAUCUCGUCUCUCCACCUACGGUAUCAUCAUGGUUGUGUAGUACACAGGUUAAUAAGCUUGAUUUAAAUUCUUUAUUUAGCUGUGUUAUUUGCACUACUUCAGUUGUAUCACGUGCAAUCUCUUGACCAAGCCUACUUUUAAACUCUGUAGAGUAUCAUUUUAUACAUAGUCCCUGCUACAGAAUUUGUAUUGCUUAUCUCAGCAAGAGAUUGUGUGCAUGGGAAGAUUAAUAGCACUGAUUAGCUUUCUAA